AUGGAUAACACAGUUCCUUCUAAAUUAGAUAAGGUACAGUUUUCCUUUUAUACCUCAGAAGAAGCAAGAGCACUCAGCCAUCACCAAAUCACAGAAAGUUUGGCAUAUGACGAAAAAAAAGUCCCUCUAAAAGGUGGUCUUUAUGACCAAGCUAUGGGCGUCUCACCCCAUUCCAAUAUUCAAUGUCAAACCUGUGGCUGGGAAGCAAGUGGAUGCCAAGGACACAUCGGACAUAUCGAGCUUGCUGCGCCCAUCUACAACCCAUUUCUCUUCGAAAUCGCUUAUAAAUUGAUGAAGUCCAAGUGCUCAUCUUGCCACAGGCUCCGAAUUCCACACAAUAAAUCAAUCCAUCUCAUAUACAAGUUCAUGCUCCUUAACAAAGGCAGACUCAAAGACUCAAUAGAAGUUGACGAGAAAUUGUCAGAAAAAAUCGUUAGGGACAAAAGCAUUCAAGAAUUCAGACAUCUGAGAUCGGCACUUAUUGAGAAAAAAAGAGACUAUGAAAAUGACUUAAAAGUUGCAGUCACAAUGGGAGAAAAACUGAGAACUUCAACCUAUGCAAAGCUAAAAGGCGAGUUAAGCGGAAAAGUCUGGAAAAAUGUGGUGGCAAAUAUAUGCCCACAUUGUAAUGCAAAGCAGCUAAAAAUCACAAAAGAAGGACACACAAAGAUAUUCAGGCAUCCUUUGAAAGAAAAGUAAAAUUUAUGUAGAGACCAGAGGGGACAAAACUUGAAGAGCAAUAAAAAAGAAAAAAUAGAAACAACAGCGACCCUGUUGUGUGCAUGGCAAGUGAGAGAGGAGCUCAGACUGAUGCGAAUUCAUGAUAAAGACUUAUUGACUUUAUUUUUUAACAGCCAAAUAAUUGACCAAAUGUUUCAAGAUGUGCUGCUUGUGCCUCCAAAUAGAUUUCGACCUGAAAGUCAGAUCGCUGAAAGUGAUUCCUAUUUGCAUGUACAAACAGUGGCUUUACAAAAAAUUUAUUUACUCCCCCCCCCUCCGUGAGUGAACAAAAAAAUUUGUGUUCACUCACGGAGGGGGGUUAAUUUUUUUUUUUAAAAAAAUUUAUAUAUAAAUUUUAUAAAAAAUAUUUUUUUUUCGAAAUUUAAAAAAAUCCUAAUUCGCAAAAAUUGGAAAGCAAAUAUUAAUUCAAUUUGCAAAAUUUAUGUUUUAAAAGCAAUUCGUUUAAAAUUAAACAGAAUUAGCUCUAUAUUUCAUUAUACUAAUUAUCAUUUAUAUAUCAAAAUUUUUUUUCCAUAAAAAUUUUUCUAUUAAAAAAAUUUUUGUUCACUCACGGAGGGUGGGGGUUUUUGGGCAAAAAAUAGCGAUUUUUCUAAUGGUUUUGUUCACUCACGGAGGGGGGGGAGUUAGUAAAUGAAAAGCUAAUUCAAGCUCAGGCAACUCGAAAAGAGGAAGAAAUCAUCAAUUCGUGGACAGAGCUACAGAAUACUGUCAAUAUUUUUAUGGAUUCUUCUAUAUCGACAAGGCAUCAAGACAAAGAUUUAGCAGGGCUAAGACAGCUUAUAGAAAAAAAAGAAGGAUUAUUUAGGAUGAAAAUGAUGGGAAAAAGAGUAAACUAUGCAGCUAGAAGUGUGAUUUCUCCAGAUCCUUAUAUUGAUACUAAUGAAAUCGGGAUCCCUGUAGUUUUCGCUAAAAAAUUGACUUUUCCAGAAUUCGUCAGAGAAGAGAAUGUUGACUUUUUACGAAAACUUGUGGAAAAUGGCCCACAUGUGCAUCCGGGAGCUAAUAUGAUUGAGGACAGAGAAGGCAGAAAAAUGGUUCUUGACAAGUUCGACCAAAAACAGUUAAAGGCAAUUGCAAGAACUCUUUUAACUGGAGGCCCCGGCAAAAUCGUAUACAGGCACUUACACAACGGAGACAUGCUGAUUGUAAAUAGGCAGCCUACUUUACACAAACCAGGCAUGAUGGCUCACAGAGCAAGAGUUCUCCCUCAGCAAAACACAAUCAGAAUGCAUUAUUCCAACUGCAAUACUUAUAAUGCUGAUUUUGAUGGCGACGAAAUCAAUUUGCAUUUCCCUCAAUCCCACGUUGCAAGAUCAGAAGCCAAAAAUAUUGCUUCAACUGAUUAUCAAUAUACAGCCCCAACAAGUGGAAAACCUCUCAGAGGGCUUAUUCAGGAUCACGUUGACAGUGGAGUUUUAAUGACAUCAAGGGACACACUAUUAGAAAGAGACGAAUAUUUGCAGCUUGUGUAUUGUGCUACUUCAAAUCUGAAUAUUUCAUUUCAGAUUCCUCCUUGCAUUAUUAAGCCUAGAAUGAUGUGGUCUGGAAAACAAGUGAUUUCGACCAUCAUCCAAGCUUUAGUACAGGGAAAAUCUCAGCUGAAUUUGGAUGAAAAAUGUAAAGUGCCUGGAAAACUUUGGGGUUCGAGAGGAUUUGAAGAAGAAAGAUUGAUUAUUAGACAAGGGUACAUAUGUACAGGAGUUAUUGAUAAAAAUCAUAUUGGAAGCACGGAGUUUGGAAUGGUUCAUGCGUAUCAUGAACUUUAUGGAGAAUCAAUGGCAUCUCAGCUGCUUACUUCUUUAGGAAAAGUGCUGACUCAAUAUUUACAAAUGGUUGGGUUUACUUGUAAUAUGGAUGAUUUAUUCUUAACACCUACAACUAACAAAGAUAGAGAUAAAUGGAUUGCGUCUAUUCAGCAAGAAACUAUUAAAUAUGCCUACACACUUAUACUCCCUUAUAUUUUUUUAAAAUAAUUUUUUUAUAAUUUAUAUAUAAUUAUUUUUUAAAAAUAAUCAAAUAAAGAAGCUAGAGGACUUGCUCCCCCAAGCCCAGAUGAAGAAGAGUUUAAAACUCAUGAGAAGCUUCUUAGAGAAUUGGAAACUUAUAUGCUAGCGUCUCCAAAUAAUCCUCGAGAUCUCGAUAUCAGAAUGAUUUCUCUAUUAAACAAUUCCGCUUCAAAAACGCAAUCAAGAUCUCUUCCUGAUGGACUUGUGAAAAAAUUCCCGAAAAAUUGUUUUUCUACUAUGGUUACAACUGGUGCCAAAGGAAGCAUGGUUAACCAUAAUCAAUGCUCUUUUAUGCUUGGGCAGCAAGAACUUGAAGGGAGAAGGGUCCCUCUGACAAUUGUAGGAAGAUCCCUACCAAGUUUUGCUCCAUAUGAUCCUAAUCCAAGAGCUGGAGGGUUUAUUUUUGAUAGGUUCCUCACAGGGAUUAAGCCUCAAGAAUAUUAUUUUCAUUGCAUGGCUGGCAGAGAAGGACUGGUUGAUACUGCAGUCAAAACAUCCAGAAGUGGAUAUCUGCAAAGAUGCUUGAUUAAAGGGCUAGAAGGUCUCAUAGUAGGAUACGACUACUCAGUAAGGGAUAGUGACAGUUCAAUUGUCCAAUUUUUAUAUGGAGAAGAUUGUAUAGAUCCAACCAAAAACAAAUAUGUUCAAAAUUUUGAAUUUUUGAACUCCAAUGCUGAAGCUUUACUUCGGAAAUAUAAAUAUGAUGAAGCAAAAGAAAAAUUGGACUUAAGCAGAUUUAAAGAUAUCAAAAAUGAAGAUUUCUCGAGCCCAUUUCUGACUGCAUUGCACACAUAUAGCCCAGUUACUCCAGGAGCACUACCAAAUAAGAUGUUUGAACUAUAUGAUCAAUUUUUAGAGGAUAAAAAAACAUUAAGAAAAAGCAAUCCUACAGUGAAAAGAAUAUCAAGAACUAAGUUUUCAUCGUUAUUAUCCUUAAAAUAUAUGAGAAGCAUUGUAGAACCUGGUGAAUGUGUUGGAAUCAUUGCAUCACAGUCUAUUGGAGAGCCUUCAACCCAGCUGACACUCAACACUUUCCAUCUUGCUGGUCACGGAGGUGCUAACGUUACUUUGGGUAUUCCCCGUCUGAGAGAAAUCUUAAUGACUGCUUCAGCAAAUAUAAAAACUCCAACUAUGACGCUGCCAUUCCUCCAAGGUAUUGAGAAAGCUCAUCAGCUGAAAAAUAAGCUCCAAAGAAUAAAUUUUAAAGACCUCCUAACCCAGAUAAAGAUCCAUGAAAAAAUUCUCCCAAAUCUCAACAAGAGAAUUUAUGACGUUAAAAUUUUCCUUGAGCCAAAAGAAACUAUAAAAGAAGAGCUUGGGAUAUCAUGGCGGACAAUUUCUAAAAAGGUCGAGAACAUUCUUUCUUAUAACUUAGAUGCAGCCAUUGCUGGAAAAAUCAGAAAAUCAGAUGCGAAAUCUGAAAUUAUGUUCCAAGAAAAGGAAGAAAUUUCUAAACGUGAUGAAGAAGUUCCUGAAAUUCCUAAACAGAAAAGGAAAGGCAGUGAAGAUGAAAUUGGUGAAGAUGAAGGACAUUUAGCAGCAAAAGUGAAAAACCAGAAGCAGGAAAUAAGAACUUAUGAUGACGAUUUUGAUGAAGAAGACAAAGAUAACAUGGAUAUUUGGUCAAGCAUAGGUCGCAACCAGACACCCCCACCCCCCCAAUAAGGGAACCCCACCCCCCCCCCCUAGAAAUGGUACCCCCACCCCCCUUUCACAGAUGGCACCCCCACCCCCCCUCUCGGGUUUAUCCUAUAGAAGUAUUUGAUAGGAAAUAAGCAGAAUAAAUUAAACAUAACCCAAUUAAAACACUAUAUUUUUAAAUUAAGUCCACAAAUUACUUUAUAUUUAUGAUUAAUUAAUAAAUUUAAAUUAACUAGCAAUUAAUUAGAAAAUAUAUUAAAUUUGCUUUUUAUAUUUAUAGAUAUAGCUCAUACACCUUUAUAGAUUUCUUUAUCGAGCAAAAUGUAUUGGACUAUUGAACGAGGAAAAACAGAGUCUCUCAAAGAGAUGAGCUCAAUCUCCAUAUCAGAAAGUGCUAAAAAGUGACAUGUCAAAGAAUGGUAACAAGUGUGAAAAAAGUUGACAAGUAAACGCGCCAAUUUUUUUAAAAAUGGCGUUAUUAUUAAAAUAAGAUAUGAACCUUAAAAUUUGAAAAUGAAAAGGGGGGACUUACCGAGCGAACAGUUGCAUAGGUCUCCAAGUGAUAUAACUCUAGUUAGUAUAUCAUGCAAAAUCUCCAGUAGGAUUUUGACUUAAGCAAUUAUAAAGAUGGAGUCCAUUAUUGAAGAAAUUGCAUAUGAACUUUAAAAUUGAAAAUGGAAAGGGGGGAAUUACCAAGGCAACCACUCAAUAGGUCUCUAAGAACUAGUGCUUCAGUUAGCAUAUCGCGUAAAAACUCCAGUAGGAUUUUGACUUAUGAUAGUUUUCAAGAUGGUGCCUAUUGUAGAGAAAUAGGACUUGUAGUUGAAAAAUUGAAAUCGUAAUGGGGGACUUACUGAGGAACCACUCAAUAGGUCCCUAAGAACUAGUGCUUCAGCAAGCAUAUCGCGUAAAAACUCCAGUAGGAUUUUGACUUAUGAUAGGUUUCAAGAUGGUGCCUAUUGUGGAGAAAUAGGACUUGUAGUUGGAAAAUUGGAAUCACAAUGGGGGAACUUACCGAAGCAACCACUUAAUAGGUCUCCAAGUGCUGUAGCUUUAGCCGGGAAUAUCUCGCAAAAACUCCAGUAGGAUUUUGACUUAAGCGAUUAUGUAAGUUUUAAUUAUUUUAAUAAUAAAGCCAUUUUAAAAAUUGGCGCGUUUACUUGCCAACUUUUUUCAGACUUGUCACCAUUUUUUGACAUGCUACUUUUUAACACUUCCUGAUAUAGAUAUCCAGUCCGUUCCUUUAAUAGAGUCUUCCUUGGUCUUGCACUUUCUAUUACAUUUUGCUCGAUUAAUAAAUCUAUAUCGGUGCAUGAGCUAUAUAAUGCCAAAGAUAUAGAUAAUGGCGUUAAUUAUUAAAUUAGUCAAGCACAAUACAAUAACUUGCAUUAAAUUUAUUGAUUCAUAAAUUAAAGCUAAUCUAAUGACAAUUGUAUAAGGCAGGAUUCAAUAGUGGUAAUAAAAAUAGUAUUUGCUAUUGUCAGUUUUACUUUUGGAUCUCUAAUUCGACUUUUAGCCAUUGUUCCACAAAGUUCAUAAAUAUAUGCAGGGUAUAUUGCUAAUUAAUACCAAAGAUCAUUAUUAUGCUUGCUAAAAAAUUUUUUCAGAUUUGGUGAGAGCUACUAAUUAUAGGAAAUUCUCACCCCAUUCCAUCUACUCCUUAAUCGAUUGUGCUACGCUAUGUGGAUAUUGCAUAAAUCAGUAAUUUUUAAUAUUUAAAAUAAUAAUUUAUUUAUUACAUCUGCUCUAAAUUGGCAUUUUUCAUAUAUUUUAUGCUAUAUUAUGGGGAUGGGGAUGGGGGUGGGGGUGCCAUUUUUUAGGGGGGGUGGGGGUGUAGGGUUGCUACCUGUGCUUGACCAGAUAUUGAAGCUAAAAAAACUGAUAAAAAAAAGCCAGGAAAGAAAAAAGUAGAAGAAGAGGUUUCAGACGCUGAAGAAAAAAGAUGGAAGUGGCUUACAAAAUGCCGAGCAAGCGAAAGCAAAAAUUGCAUAAUCCUCACUUUUGAAGUACCUUUGAGAAGCAAUAUAUUACUACUAAACGAAGUCGAAAAGCAGCUUGAAAUCACCUAUGUAAGAGAAGUGGAAGGAAUAGGCAACUGCCACGUCAUUGAAGAUAAAAGUGGAGGCGUUCUAAUCAACACUGAAGGAAUAAACUUCAGAGAAAUAUGGAACUAUGAUGACAAAAUAAAUUUGAAUAAAAUAAAAACAAAUGAUGUUUAUGCCAUGCUAAAGACAUAUGGCGUUGAAGCUGCUGCGAAAACAAUUACCAUGGAAAUCAAUGGAAUUUUCUCGCAUUAUGGAAUUGCGGUUGAUAAGCGCCAUCUAAACCUCAUCGCUGACUAUAUGACUUAUAAUGGAGGAUAUCGGCCAUUUAAUAGACUUGGAAUGGGAGAAAACCCAAGCCCUUUAUUGAGGAUGAGCUUUGAAACCACAAUGGGAUUUUUAUCAGAAUCUGCUGCAACAAGAGAAAUUGACACAGGGGCAUCCCCGGCAUCAUGCAUAGUUUUGGGUAAGCCUGCAAGGAUUGGAACCAACAUUAUGGACAUUUUACAAGUUUUACCUAAUAAAAGUUAA